CCUCCCUAGACCAACCCCUGGGAGGAGACUGUGGGUUCGCCCUCCCCUUACCGUUUAAGCCUUCCCUCCUCCUAGCGGUUCCCCUCCUCAAGGCACCACGGCUUCUCUUCCUCAGCUCAGCGACAGGGGCUCCCCCUCGGCCGCUGCCGCCGCCGCCAGCCAAGCUACACCGCGUCCGCGGCCCGCGGCCGCAAUGCAGUUUAUGUUGCUUUUUAGUCGUCAGGGAAAGCUUCGACUGCAGAAAUGGUAUGUCCCAUUGUCAGACAAAGAGAAGAAAAAGAUCACAAGAGAACUUGUUCAAACCGUUUUAGCAAGGAAACCUAAAAUGUGCAGCUUUCUUGAGUGGCGAGAUCUGAAGAUUGUUUACAAAAGAUAUGCUAGUCUGUAUUUUUGCUGUGCUAUUGAGGAUCAGGACAAUGAACUAAUUACCCUGGAAAUAAUUCAUCGUUAUGUGGAAUUACUUGACAAGUAUUUUGGCAGUGUGUGUGAACUUGAUAUCAUCUUUAAUUUUGAGAAGGCCUAUUUUAUUUUGGAUGAAUUUCUUUUGGGAGGGGAAGUUCAGGAAACAUCCAAGAAAAAUGUCCUUAAAGCAAUUGAACAGGCCGAUCUGCUGCAGGAGAGCCAGAAUGAAGAAUGGGGAGGUUUGUCUGAGGAUAUCUUAUGAUAAAGAGCAGUCUAAGGCUUUAGUCCCUUUGACCCCCAACCUAUUAUUGGAAGCUGAAACCCCACGUAGUGUUCUUGAAGAAAUUGGACUGACAUAACUCUCCUCCCUUGUUGCUGACUUCCUGUGGCAUUUCACACACUGUAGAUGGUCACUGCCUUCAUGUCCAUGUUAGCUAAUGGUGUAAGAUGUCUUGUCAGCAUUACUGUUUCGCUAAGCUGCUUCAUUUAGGCCUGCGCAAUUUUUUUAAAGGGAAGUUUAGUUAAUCAAGUGAUAAGGGACUUCAUAUAAAUAUGAAUUUGAAAGAUAAAGAUAUGUAUUCUGGAUAUUUUAAAAGUUUACAGGUCCGUUUCUCAUGAUUAUGUGCAUUAUAUGAAAAUGACACAUCUGUAUACAUGUAUAUCAAACAGUUUAACAAUACGCAUUUAUUAACUGUAUUUGACAAAGGACACAAAUGGACACAAAUUACAAUGUGAAACUUGGUUUUAUGAAACCAAAGACUAAUGCAGCAUUUUAUUUUAUAUAAUACAAAUAAAGGGAAUUAACAUGUCACAUAUAAAAUGAAAAUUUAAGUUAAAACCAAAACACACACAAAAAAACAAAUUUAUACCUUAUUGGACUCUACAUACUUUAAAAUAAAGGGAAUACACACUAUUUUAGAUGACUAAAUUGGAUUGAUGCUGUUUUACACUAGAAUUAUUUCCUAAACAUUCUGAGUGAAUGGGACAAGGAACAAAGAUUGCUUCAUGUUAGUGAGCACAUAAUUUUUAAGGCCAAGGCACAUUUGACUGCUAAGAUGAAUUUUUGUGGUCCUAAUCAUUUAGUUACUUGUUUGGAUUGCUUCUGAUACCCCAAAUAAAGCGGGAAUGUAAAUUUACCACAAAUUCUCCAUAACAAUAUCUUACAGAAACACCGCUUUCUUCAGUGUUGCAGAAAGUCAUUGUUUAAAGCACGAAUAUUCCUUCUAGAGUGCUUGUUAAAGCCAAAUUUAUUUUGCUUCCCUAUUGCUUCUUUCCAAUUAGAAGUGCUGCACACUUCACAGCAACUUCCUUUCCUCUCAUAGCACUGCCUAGUUAUCAGAAAUCUUACAAAACAUUGAAAAAAGAUACAUUUCAUAUAAGGUGAAAAUUGAAUGAAGUAAAAUGGCAUUAGGUGGCCCUAUAUUUUUAAAAGUUAUGUAAUUGUUCAGCAUCACUUUUAUACAUCAUUAUACAUAUCUAAAUAUUGUGUUUAUGGUUUAUACUUUCAUUUGUAUAUGCUCGGCUGGAUUAAGCUUUGUUGUGAUUGUGACCAACAUUCAGGCCUCGUGAGCACUGUCUUAUCACAUCGCCAAUUAGUUGUAAUAAAGUUCAAACUACAAA